CUCUGCUCCUCCGAGGUGGGCGUCCCGAACCUGCCCAAGCGCGCUGGGAGGAAGGAGAAGAAUCAUCAUCCCGGGCUGGGGCCCAGAUUCCUCCGAACGUCCCCCUCCCCUGAUCCCCAGCACCCACAGCAUUCCUGGAAAAGCUGGACUGGUCAAAGACGCCGGGAGCCUCCGAGGGUGCAGACCCCAAGCAGCUGCGCGCCAGGGCCCUCAACCCCUGGGAGGGAGUGUUUGCCGAACGCCCCUUCGAAAGCCAGCCCCUGCCCCCGCCCCCCAUCCCCCUCCACGUGGCCGGAGACCCUAGAGCUCAGCGCGUGCCAAUCGCCGCGCGGCCCCCCGCCUUCCCCUCCCCCAAGGCUUUUCACUUGGCAGUCCUCCCCCUCCUCCCUCUCCUUCUCCUCCGGGAGCCCCGGCCUCAGUCUCGGCAGCACCGCACCAAGGUGCGCUCUCGGCCCGCAUCCGUCCCUCUGUCCGUCGGUCCAGCAUCAGUCCAUCCUAACAGCGACGACCCCCCUGGACCUCCAGCCCCAUCUACUCGGCGCCGUCUCUCCCCCGAGUCUCUGGGCAUCUCUCCGAGGACCGCGAGCAUGCUGGCAUGUCAGAACAGCGGGGCCAAAGUGGCCCCUGGCCACCACAAGAUCUCCUUCUCCAUCCUAGACAUCCUGGACCCGCAGAAAUUCACCCGGAGGAGGGGCCCCGGAGCCCGGGGUGGCCUCUGCGCCUCCCGCGAGCAAGAGAAAAGUUUGGGGCAGACGGAGGCUGCCGAGAUGGAGCCCGGCAACCAGAGCGAGGCCGAGAUCUCCGAUAGCGGAACAGUGAGCGUCCUGGCCGGUUCCGUGGAGGAGGAGGACGAAGAGGAAGAGGACGAGGAGGAGGAGGAGGAGGAGGAAGAAGAAGAGGAAGAAGAGGAAGAGGAAGACGGAGAGAAGGCCGAGGCGGAGGGGGAAGUUUCGGGGUUCGCGCGGGGCCGGCGGGACCGGCGGGACCGGGCGGGGGCCGGCGAGAGCCUCCACGACAGCGGGGUGCGGGCGCCGGGUCCAGUCCGUGAGGGUUCCUCACCGCCAUCAUCACCUUCGUCUCUGCCGCCUCCGCCGGCGCCCCCUCGUCCCCCGAAGCGCCGGCGGCCCCCCGAGAGCAGCGGCAGUGAGGGCAGUGGCGGAAGCAGCGGCGGCGGGGGCUGUGCCAAGCCCCGGCGGGCUCGCACCGCCUUCACGUACGAGCAGCUCGUGGCACUGGAGAACAAGUUCCGCGCCACUCGCUACCUGUCGGUGUGCGAGCGCCUCAACCUGGCGCUGGCUCUCAGCCUCACGGAGACGCAGGUGAAGAUCUGGUUCCAGAACCGCCGCACCAAGUGGAAGAAGCAGAACCCCGGCGCCGACGGCCCCGCCGCGAUGCCCGCCCCGCCGGCCGCCUCCUCCGGGCAGGCGGCCGGCCGCAGCCCCAGCCCGCCCGGCCCCAGCGCCCUGCACUUCCAGACGUUCCCGCCCUAUUCGGCGGCCAACGUCCUUUUCCCGGCCGCCGCCGCCGCCUCCUUCCCUCUGACGGCGGCAGCCGCAGCGGCCGGGAGCCCCUUCGGCCCCUUCCUGGGCUCCACCUACCUGAGCCCGUUUUAUGCCCCGCACCUCUGAGAGAGCCUGGCCUUCGGGGGAGGGGGCGGGACGGGCAUUCCGCCAUCGGGAAAUGCAGGGGCAGCGGGGACCGGGGCCUGCACCCCUUCCGCCCUAAGGGUGGUGGGGCUUUGGAAGGACCUUCUAGUCCAGCCCCCUCUCCUGAGCCCCAGGGAGAGAGCUCCCAAGAAGUAAGCAACAGGGACUGGACUUGAACCCAAAUCCUCUGCCUCCAGCUCCCUUUCUGCUACUACAGACAUGUAGCUGUUUCAGGAACCAAGAGAAAAAAGCGGCUAACCGCUAAGCCAGUGCCCACGGAGUCCUUUUCUCCGCUCUUGGGCGGGUGUCCUCCUCCAACCGAACCCUCCACUUGGAAGCCCCCUGUGUGUGAGCCGUUCAGCCUUGCAGCUCUUACACAUGGGAAUAUCCAUCUUUUUUUCUGGGAAGGGGAUUGGCUCCUGGGAUCCGAGACAGACCUGGAAAGCAGCCGUGACACUGUCUUCCCAAACCCUUUUCUGGGGCCUCGACCCCUUGGCUAAGCAGUCUGGGGGAGUCCGGGCCCCCCCCAAAUACCCAGGGCUCCCAAGGAAAUCAAUCUGAUGGAACCCAGCUCCCCAAAUCUCAUUUGCAGACACCUCAAGGUCACCCACUGCUGAUUAAGAAACCGAAAUCUAGUGGCAGCUGUUUUCUGAGAGGAGAUGUGAGGGACCCCGGAGUGGUAGAGCUGGAGUAGGAACCAGGCGCCUGCCUCCCAAGCUGCCCUUCUUUCCUCAGCACUGAGGCCUCCUUGGGGCCCCUGGAUCACUUGCCUUACUCUCCCCUAACAUCCCACUUGCCCAGUUGGACUGAGUUGGUAGAUGGGAUCUAAUCUGGCCCCUCUUGGAGUCUGGCCAAGGGAAGGCAUGGCACCCAAGAAGCCCUUUGAAGAAGAGGCAGGUCUGGUGAGCAGAAGGAUCCUGGCUUGGGAGUCAGAAGCCCUGGCCUCGAGCCUCAGGUCCUCCCUUCCUUCCUGGCAGACCUCCAAGAAGGAGAAGAUUGCCCAGGUCCCUUCCAGCUCCAGCCCAGGUGAACUAGAUGCUCUGAGCACCCCCAGGGCUCCUCUCUGUCCCAGAACUCUCCAGGAAGAAGGUCUGGCCUUGGGCUGCUUCACCUCAGAGGUUCCAUCCACCCUUAUGUCUGUUUGUGGGGCCACAGGAACCAGCAAAGUGUCUCGGGAAUCUCUUGCCAUGUGGCCAGGGCACAAAGGGGGCUGCCCUAGUACAAUGCCUGCUGCAGAACAAUCCAUUUCUGACCAGUGACUUCCUCGGGGGAGCUUCCCCAGUCCUCUGUGUGUGGUUCCCCCCCUGGCUCCUCCGUGAGUUCUGUCAGGAAAGGGGCUGAGUGCCCUGCCAAAGCUCUGCCCUAAACUCUGCAGGGAGCCCGGCUGGACUUCAGGCAUUUAGAGCAGCCAUCAUUCUGUGUAGGGCACCCCUGGGAGAAUGCGGGCACUUGUCAGGGAGGCAGCAGCGAAGGUGCUUGGGUCUCCUCAGCACCAUCCUUGGUCUACCUAUUUUGUUGUUGUUGCCCAGAUUUGGCCCAGCCUUCUCCUUAUGUUGUCGUCCCUGCCCGUUCCAUACAGGAGGCUUCCAUUGGAGCCCCCGAGGACCCGAGGAGUGUUAUUCGGAUCCUCUUUUCUAGAGGUAGCAGCACCAAUUGGAUUCAGCAAGGACUAGCUCUCUGGGCCAACCAAGGGCUUCGUCCUGGUGGACCUCAGUUUUAUCAUCUGUCCAGUGGGAUUAAGCACUCCUAGAGUACCUUCCUCCCCAGCUUGUUGUGGUUUAAAGGCUCUGCCGACCUUCUGGGCUGGGAAAACGUCCAUUGGGGUUAAUUGAGGUCCUUGACAUCAUCUCGACAGCCUUUGGGGUCUUCUCCAGCCCCAGGUCUGUGGUCCUCUGACCGCCUGCAACUAGUAAAUGCUUUGUGCCCUGGUGGUGGCCCAGGAAGGGGGUGCGAGGCUGGAAAAGGAAUGGCGAGUGUUCAAAAAGCUGUUUUUGAAGUUCUAAGCCUGUUUGGCUUUUGACCUGAACUGGAACUCUGUAAUGAUUGAUCGGUUUUCCACAAGGAAAGAUGCCUUUUUGGAGUUUCUUUUCACAAAUGAGAUCGUGAUUGUCUUUGUAGCACACUUUGAAGUUCAAGCCCCCUUCCAGGGCUCCUGGGCAGUUGGCAUCCAUGGUGGGAAUAUACUUUGUAUAUUGCCAGUCCAGGCACAGAGGGAGAAGGGUCAGGCUGGGCUGUGAGCCCCUGCUAUGCCUCUUCCUACUUGGGAGGCCUCCAUCAAGUCCUUUCCUUUCUCUAAGACUCAGUUUCUCUUACCGUCAAAUGAGGGGGAUGGGACUAGAGGACAGACACUACCCAUUCUAUUCAGGCUUCCAAGUGCUCUGAUCUGUUUUCAUUUGAUUCUCAAACACCUGGUAAGGGAGCCUGUGAAAGUCAGGCUCUGGGUGCGGGGCUCUGCCAAGCACUGAGGACACAGAGAAAGACAAAAGACAGUCCUGUUCUAAGGAGCUCAUAGUCUACCAAGGGAGACACCAUGAAAAUAACUAUAUACCAGCAAGCUAUGUACAGGACAAAAUGAAGAUGAGCAACAGGGAGUCCCAAAAGUCUAGUGAAGGCCAAACUUGUCUCCAUUUUACAGACGGAGGAGAGGCUCAGAUGGGUGCCAUGGUGUCACAGGGGCUAGUAGCAGAGCUGAGAUCAUGAAUCCAACUCCUCUUCACAUUUCAAAUCCAAGGUUCUUUGGAUUAACCUACCAGCUGACUCCCCUACAAGUACUAUGACAGUGGAUAGGGUAAAUGCUGGAUCUAAAUUCAGAUCCCACUUCCACUUGUGGCUUACACUCAAACAGAUCACUCAAACCUCAGACAACUCUCUAAGACUGUGUUAUAGAUGGGUGUAAAGGGAGUUCCCUUACUACCAAGAGUCCCUGAUGGAUUUCACUUUUAUUUGGUUGUCAUCUUCCCUGAAAGACUCCUUUAGCUCCUUAUGAGGCUCUCAAUUUCCCUCUUGCUUCUAUUUCACUGGCCAGUUCCAUAAGUGAUAAACUCAGUCUGCUCCUAGGGAGAAGCCAGACCACUGUUGUCUUUAAGAAUCUUAUUCUUUGACUGUGAGAGAGGAGAGCAAGUGAGUGAAUAAAGGCUUGUCGAGGUUUCAUUUAUUUAUUUAUUUAUUCCUUUUGGUCAAAUGGGGAGACUACCCCUGCCCAGAACUAUCUCAAAACAACACUUGUACAGUAUUUUGCUAACAUAUAGGUUACUCCCCAUUUAGAUUCUGAGGGUCCCCCACCUUCUGUUCUUAGGAAUAGCAGAGAGUUCCCUUUCCUUUGUGACCAAUAAGAUGCUCAUUUUCAUAUGCCUGUGUUGUUAUAUGAAAUAUAAAAGAUCAUUUUAGUCGCUGAAACAUUCCUAAACCAGCAUGCUGUCCUAUCCAACCUGCAGCACAUGGGGCUCCUGGGGAACUUGCUGGCUUUUGAUCUGUGUGUAUAUCACCUCUGGGAUCCGUCCUCUCUGAAAUUCUCAGCAAGGGGACCACCCAAGGCAACAUUCAGAUAGGAAGCCAGGAGAAUAUAGUUUUCAGUGUGCAGAAGCCAAGGUGAGGCUGAAACAGAAAUUUAAUUUUAAGUUUCAGAUGAGAGUAAGAAACAGAAUAAAGCUUCUGGGCAGUGUUUCAUCUUAAAUAUUGUACAUGUCAAAAUAAAAAGCGGUUUGGCUGUGGUGGUGGUCAUGGUUGCUAUUGUGGUGCUGGUGGUGAGAGCUGAAAAAAUGGGACAGACUUAAUUGUCCCUGAACCCCGUGACCUGGGUUCAUUGGAAUGAUUUGCCUCCUGUGUACCCUAGGUUUUUCUGGAACUCUGUUCUGCUUUCUCCUUUGGUCUCAUGAUGUUUAAAGUGUCUCCUGACUUUCCAAUCUGUCUAAAGAACAAUUCUCUUGGUGUGUUUAUCUAAAUAAAUUGGCUUUUGUAAUUAUUUUUUGUUGAAUUGUUGUUCACUGUUGUUGAGGUUUAAAAAAUCAAUUCUUUCUCCAAUUGAUAAAUGGGCAAGGGACAUGGACAGGCAGUUUUCAGCCAAAGAAAUCAAAACUAUUAACAAGCACAUGAAGAAGUGCUCUACAUCUCUUAUAAUCAGAGAGAUGCAAAUCAAAACAACUGAGGUAUCACCUCACACCUAGCAGAUUGGCUAACAUGACAGCAAAGGAAAGUAAUGAAUGCUGGAGGGGAUGCGGCAAAGUUGGGACAUUAAUUCAUUGCUGGUGGAGCUGUGAAUUGAUCCAACCAUUCUGGAGGGCAAUUUGGCACUAUGCCCAAAGGGCGACAAAAGAAUAUCUACCCUUUGACCCAGCCAUAGCACUGCUGGGUCUGUACCCCAAAGAGAUAAUAAGGAAAAAGACUUGUACAAGAAUAUUCAUAGCUGCACUCUUUGUGGUGGCCAAAAAUUGGAAAAUGAGGGGAUGCCCUUCAAUUGGGGAAUGGCUGAACAAAUUGUGGUAUAUGUUGGUGAUGGAAUACUAUUGUGCUAAAAGGAAUGAUAAAGUGGAGGAGUUCCAUGUGAACUGGAACAACCUCCAGGAAGUGAUGCAGAGCGAGAGGAGCAGAACCAGGAGAACAUUGUACACAGAGACUGAUACACUGUGGUACAAUUGAAGGUGAUGGACUUCUCCAUUAGUGUCAAUGCAAUGUCCCUGAACAAUCUGCAGGGAUCUAGGAGAAAAACACUAUCCACAAGCAGAAGAUAAACUGUGGGAGUAAAAAUACCGAUGAAAAGCAACUGCUUGACUACAGGGGUGCAGGGGAUAUGACUGAGGAGAGACUCUAAAUGAACACUCUAAUGCAAAUACCAACAACAGGGAAAUGGGUUCGAGUCAAGAACACAUGUGAUAACCAGUGGAAUUGUGCGUGGGCUAUGGGAGAGGUGGUGGGAGGGAGGUGAGGGAAGAAAAGAAAAUAAUCUUUGUUUCCAAUGAAUAAUGUUUGGAAAUGACCAAAUAAAAAUUAAAAAAUAAAUAAAAAAAUAAAAAAAAUCAAUUCUUUGAUAAUGAUAACAGGACCCAGACAUGUUUUUCCCUACCUGCUGUAUGAUACAGAGAAGAAAAGGAAAUAGUCUCUGACCUCAAAGAGCUUAUACUCCACCAGGAAGAUGCAAUAAGUACACCAAUAAAUACAAUAGGGACCCAAAAUAGUUUCAAGGAAGAGGAGGGAGAGAGAGUCUGAACACAGGGAUUGGUGGGUAGAGCAACAGUUCAAGAAAAAUCUCUAGGAGGGGCUCACCAGAACCUUUGAUAGCCAUGA